UCUCGGAGACCAGCGCAUUGUGAUCUUUCUUCUGGAAAAGGUGUUGGACAAGUGAAAUGUUGGCACAUCCUUUUGAUUCAGGUGCACUGGUUGGGCAACUGAUGAAGGGGUGGCCGCCUGCGAAGUAUGAUCAGGAAGAGCGGCAUGGUAGUUUCCUUCGUUGCAGCUGGAAGAUCCUCGUCCGAGGAUGGAGACCACCUGUUGCCGAGUAAUUACGAACCUUGUGAAAUGAAGAGGCCCCGGCUGAGCACCUGUGACUAGCUUUUCCUUCGAAGCGCUUGAUUCUGGAGCAUUGGGUGAGCUUCUGGACAGAACUGGGGGAGCUGGGUGUGGUAUUCGAGAAGUUAGCAGUGGAUGGCUACCGACCAUGGAGAUCAUAAUAUAACACUCCCCUCGCAAGAGGAGAGUUCGGGGAAACAGCACCCUGCACAGCCCUCUGAGUAGAAGUGUCUUAGCGUGGCAGACAGCAUGACCUGGAUGAUCCUGGACGAACUUUUCUACAUAUACGUCCAAACCGAUGAAUUGUCUUCAGAUACUGAGCAAGUGAACUGCAAGAGAUAUGAACAUAAGUUUUAUUAAGGAUGGGGAGCACUUUGGUGUGAGGUUAUUAUAGCAGUGGCAGUUUCUCAAGUUUGCAGACCUUGCAACACUUGCGUUUGCCCAGUUAAGUCUUCGUGUCGGAUGGUCUUGUCAGUUCCAGUGUAGAUUGUUGUAUUUUCAUUGUCAACUGAGAGAAGUCAGCAUGCCAAUUCCAAUGGCAA